ACCACCAUUAACAUAUCUAACACCGAGAAGGGCUUGCUGAACACACGCGAAGGGAGCCAGGAACUGUUAGCCGUAAAUGCGUGUGAUUUACGAAGGAAGUAGCGUUAGCCCGCUAGCCAACUUACGAGAGCACUCUCAACUCACCUUAUCAGAAUAUUAAAGCUAAACUUUGGGCUCUACAACGGCGACUUGUUGUUAUUUAUUUCUCUGAUAUAAAAGUGACGCGUGCUGAAGUCAUGGAGGACAUCAUUGGGGUCUGUGGUCUAGAAGCCAGAGGACUCGUCGAAGGGAGCAGUUCACCUCCGGAUGUGGAGACCCCGUCCCAGGAUAACGUGGAGGAUUUCAGCGGGCUGGUGAGCAGUGAGGAGGAAAGAGGGGAGACGCCUGGAAGGGAGGAUAGUAACCUUGACCCCCUCGAUGGGGAGUCGGACCCUAACGCUGAGAAAACCAAGGACCAUAAUGCAUUUGGCAAAGAGGUUUUGUUGCUGAUGCAGGCGCUUCACACCUUAGCCACCCCAGAAGAAAAACUUGCUGCCCUUUGUAAGAAAUAUGCAGACCUGCUGGAGGAGAGUCGCAGCAUGCAAAAGCAGGUGAAGGUGUUGCAGAAAAAGCAGAACCAGGUGCUGAAAGAGAAGAUCCACCUGCAGAGCGAGCACAGCAAGUCCGUCCUGGCACGCAGCAAACUGGAGAGCCUUUGCAGGGAACUCCAGCGCCAUAACAAGACCCUGAAGGAGGAGAACGCUCAGCGGUUCAGGGAGUAUGAGGAGCGGCGCAAGGAGGCCACACUGCACUUCCAGAUGACACUCAAUGAGAUUGAGGUCCAGAUGGAGCAGCACAACUCGCACAACAGCAAGCUGCGGCUGGAGAACUUGGAGCUGGCUGAGAAACUCCAGAAGCUCAUCGAGCAGUACGAGCUCCGCGAGGAGCACAUCGACAAGGUGUUCAAACACAAGGAACUGCAACAGCAGCUGGUGGACGCUAAACUCCAGAGGACUGCUGAGCUGAUGCGAGAGGUGGAGGAGAAACAGCAAAGAGAAAGAGAGUUUCUUCUGAAGAACGCGACCGAGUCCAGACAUAAAUGUGAGCUGAUGAAGGAGCAGGAGCAUCAGUUAAAGCAGCAGCUCACUCUGUACAUGGACAAGUUCGAGGAGUUUCAGACCACCCUCGCCAAGAGCAAUGAGGUCUUCACCACCUUCCGACAGGAGAUGGAGAAAAUGACAAAGAAGAUCAAGAAGCUUGAGAAGGAGACCACACUAUGGAGGACCAAAUGGGAGACCAACAACCAGACUCUACUGCAGAUGGCAGAAGAGAAAACAGUGCGAGACAAGAAUUACAAGGCCCUCCAAGGGAAACUGGAGAGACUGGAAAAGCUUUGCAGGGCCCUGCAGAGAGAACGCAACGACCUGAACCAGAAACUCUGUGACCUUCAGGGCCCAGCGAAAGAUCCUGAGGAAGAAGGUACAGGACCCCCUGACCCUCAGCCGCAGGGGCUCAACCCAGAGAUGGAGAGAGAGGUGGAGGGUUUGGAGCCCGAGACAGAGAAACUCAGGCUUCAGCCUGAGGAAGUGGGCUCCACAACAUCCAGACAACUCAUUGGCGACUGAGCCUGGCCUUCCUUUCUUUCUUUUUUUGUGGAGGUAUAUAUUUUUGUCUAAUAAUUAUCAUAAAAUUUAGUGAGGAAAAAGCAGGACAUUAGUGAAGAUGCUAACUGCUCUAUACUUUGGUGGAAAGCACUUUUUACUCCCUGUUUUCUAUAAUAAUGUAUUUUCGUAGGAAAUGGUCAUGUGGUCUCGGACGGCGUCCGUGCAGCUUUGUUUCAUAUGUUUUUCUUUUUUCUCCCCCUUUCUCUGCUCAGCUGUGCUGUGCUUGCACGCUUUUCGUUUCUCUUUAAUAAAAUGUAGCUCUUCGCUCUGACCUCUAGAAUCUGAAUAAAUCAUUUCGGAUGCAAAUAGUGUUAAAUAUUGCUAUUUUAAAAUAACUGUAACUAGUCCACAAGGCAGUCCAGCUCUAGAUGACCAGAUAACCUUGAGACUUGAGAAACAGGGCAUUAAUAACAUUGAAGAUACAUUAACACACUCAACUACUCAUUGGCACUUUGAGUCCAAGCCAAGACUGGUCCAUGACAAGGAUGCCUCGCCUUUAAAGGAAGAUGCAUGUCUUAUAAAUAAGAGAAGGUCAAGACUCCUCACUGCCUGGGACUGGUCUUCAUAUGGGAAUCUGAUUAAGGGCUAGUUUGACUUUGAAAAGGCUGCUACAUCUCCAACAGUUAUGUGAAAUACUAAGACAGGGUCGAACAGUCUCACACCACUGAAGUUGAAGAACUUUCUAUGGGAGGGACUUUUAUGUUAUAUGACAGACGAAGAGAAAGCAUCUUUACCAGCAGGAAAAUGUGUCACAUGCAUUUAUAUAUUGUUAAAAGUUCAUGUCAGCUUCGCAAGCCCUUUUAUUUAAUAGACAGGGUAGUUGUUUUUGUUGGAUCGGGAUUUCCAAGCCACCUAAAGCCAGGCACCCAUUGGAUUACGCAACUGAACUUAUCAAACUGUAAAAUUUAUCUGCUUUUUACCAAAAUUAUAUCAUUGACUGACGUCAAUUUAAAAAAACCCUCUUUUUAUUGAUUUUUUACAUUUCUUAAUUUAC